UUUCCCUUCAAUAUCCACAACAAUCCCUACAAGGCCAAGCGCACCUGGCCACCAGACUUCACCAAACUCUCGCCCAAGCACCAAUUCCGCAUCGAGCGCAAAUAUAGGCGGAGGACGGCGCUGAAAUGGGAGCGCCCAAAGUGGACUAAAGCCGUGAAGCUGGCUCAAUGGGGGGCCAUCCUCUUCGUUACCGUCUACGGAGUGCUCUUCAUGGAUUGGGGC